AUGGAAUCGGACGGAGAACGCGACACCGGCUACAGUCAUUAUAAUUCUCCUCAGCACCAGGCGCAACAGAGCUACCACCGGAACUACGAUGACUAUGUACACCCGAUGCAGCAGCAGCAACAGCAGCAACAGCAGCAACAACAGCACAACAACCAGGCCGCUGGGUCUCCACUCUCGAGCCUCGGUGGCGGUGGCGCCGGGGGAAGUAUGUUGGCCCCCCAGAGCCCGGGCAUGAUGGGCGGUAGUAACGGCAUGAUGCCCUCGCCACUCAUGCAGUCCCAUUCGCCGCUCCUCUCCUCGGGUGGCGCUCUGAUGCAGUCCCAGUCGCCGCUGCUGUCCAGCUCGCCGCUCAUGAGCCAGUACAGUCCGUAUCACCACCAGGACGUACCGAUGCCCACCAUCCUGCCGCAGGACACCGAACCGGGUGGUGGCGGCGGAGGUGGCGGAGGUGGUGGCUGGGGUGGGUACGCUUUGGCCGGCCCGUACCAGAGUGAGUUCUGCGCCUCGAACUACGGAGUGUUGCACCAGCGGCACCAGGGCUACGGAGGGGGGCCGCACGGUCACGGGCCCGGCAAGCUCGGUGGACCGCAUGGGACGCUGAAGAGUGCGAAGGAAGCGCGCAUCCGGCGGCCCAUGAACGCGUUCAUGGUGUGGGCGAAGGUCGAGCGGAAGAAGCUGGCCGACGAAAAUCCGGAUCUGCACAACGCGGACCUCAGCAAGAUGCUCGGCAAAAAGUGGCGUUCGUUGACGCCCCAGGACCGCCGGCCGUACGUGGAGGAAGCGGAGCGGUUGCGAGUGAUCCACAUGACGGAGCACCCGAACUACAAGUACCGUCCGCGGCGCAGGAAGCACGCCAAGGCUCGGGCCGGUGCCGUUGCUGGCCCGGUCGGCGUUUCGGGUUCGGCAGCGGCCGCCGCCGCCGGACCGCAGGGUGGCCAGGCGGUGACCAUCGUCAGCACUUCGUCACCGAGUGAGCUAAACUUCGGCGACGGCGACUCGUCCCAUCGCAUGAGUCCGUACACGUACAACCCGCACUACUACGCCGGCAGUCAGAACGCCGCACUCAACACGCCGGACUCGAGCCCGACGCAGAGUCCGGAACCGAUCCUGGUGCCACCGACCGUCGGCAACCGGAAGCUGGCGGUGGCUGCCAGUUCGAACGGUGGUGGGUCCAGCGGUGGCUCGGAUGUGGGCCAGAAGCUGGACGACGUUUCGUCCGCGCUGCCAACGCCGGAGAUGAGCCCGCUGGAGCUGGAGAAGGAACCGUUCGUGGCGGGCCUUCACUCGGCCCACGCCGGCAGCUACGACGAUCUGAAGAGCAAGCAGAAGCUGACGUACGAGGUGGUGUACGGUGGUGGUGCCGGGGUCAAGAGUGAGCAGAAACUUCCGGCCACUUUCGGCUACGAUCACGAGUCGCACCAUCAUCAGCAACAUCAUCAGCAACAGCAGCAUCAACAUCAACAUCAGCAGCAACAGGAUAGUUUGAAGCGAGAUUAUUCGGCGGCCGGAUUCGGGAUGAUGAACAACGACAAGCGAUACUCGUACGAGGGGACCUCCCUCGUAAACGGUAGUGGCCUGGGGCACGAGAAGCGCAACUAUCUGUGCACCAGCUCGGGCGCCACCACGACCACGGCCAUGGUGAACGGGAUGUACGUGAUGUGCACGAACCGGAGCAUCCUGGACCAGGGUCACAUCGUAACCGGGACGUAUUUCCCGCCGUUGGCCACGUCCGAGGACCACCAGACACUCGGGACCACGACCAUGACCACGAGUGCCCAUCUCAGUACAAACAAUCAGCCGCAACAAUCGAACCCUGCCGGCAACGGUGCCACUUCCACCGGUGGCCAGAGUAAGGCGGCCAACGGUGGUGGGUUGCUGGUGUCGACCAGCUCCGCCCAGAUGUCGCACCUUGAAUCGGCGCAGCAUCUCCAGCAGCAGCAGCAACAGCAACAGCAACAGCAGUUGGCCAACGAGCAGAUCAAUAGCUACUACGGUACGGCCUCGAUCGCGAACGGAACGCUACCGACGUACUCGUACGCCUACAAGGACUACGGCAUCAUGUACGAGACGCACGCGGCCCUUCCCACCGAGCAGGAGCAGCCGGUGGACACGCGGGAACUCGACAAGUACCUCAAGUACCCGGACAGCAACCAGAACUUUAACAGCUACAGCGACAGUGCCACCUACCAGCACCACGUAGCGGGCACCAACGCCGGUUCCGGGGGGUCCUCCCUAUACGGGCUGCCAGGGCAGGGCACCGCCGAGUACCACCAGCACCACCACCACUACGGGUACCAGCACCAACACUCGCCGGGUGGACUUUUGGCUCAGCAGUCGCCUCAGCAUCAGCCAUCCGGUCACCAACACCAGCACCAGGGCCAACAGCAGCAGCAGCAACAGCAACAGCAGCAGCAGCAGACGUUGGCCAAGUCGCACACCGACACGGGAAUGCUGCCGACGACACCGGUGGCCCUCUAUGCGCUCCCCUUGCAGCACUCGCAUCUGGCGGCCGGAGCCGGAGGCGCAGUGGUCCAGCACGUCGGCGGUGGUGGCCAUGCUUCGCUCGGUCCCAAUCAUGCUGCCCUCGGGGACAUUUACGUGACGCAGGAGCAGCUCAAGGAUGACGAGUUCAGCAACAUCCUGGCCGGGGUCCGCAAGACCUGCUACAGCAACUGA